AUGUCUAAUGUGGUUGUCGCAACCGGUGUGGCUCGGGACACCGACCGCCAGGGAGAGUCCGCAGGUGUAGCCGCGAAUGUGACCAGGGAGGUGCCAAUGCCCACGCCUGCGCCGGUACCUCCCAUAGAAGUGGUCUCCCCUGCGGUCAUCGAUCACAGUGCCGAUGCCGGCAUGACCCUCUUCUGCUUCGCCUGGUCACCACGGCGGAAGAACGACGAGGGCAUGCUUAACGAGGUCCGGAGGCAGUACAAGAAGUGCGACGGUCACCUCUUCUUUACGGACACCGAGAGUCCAGUGAAAGAGGACGAAGAAGACUUUGUCCGAGUCCAGGUGCCAAAGCAGCGCGUGGAACGGACACAUGGGCAAUGGCUCUACCACCGGAACAUGGCCGGGUUAAUGCCUUCCUGGGAUCAUUUGCUGCGCUCCGGAAUCGCCGAGAGCUUCGAUUGGCUGCUCAACUCUGAGUUAGAUCACUUCCUCUCCCCUUCGAGGGCGAAGGAGACGAUUCGAGAGUACCUUCAAGGUCUUGAG